AUGCGUCUGGGUGGAUGUCUAUCAGCUAGAAAUGCCAUUUUCACAUAUCAGGAGUCCCAGUCCCGAAAAAUGACAGAAGAGCGUUGCUCUACUACAAGCAAGCAACCAACCGAGGUCACUAAACAUACUGUCGCAUCACUUCGAGCAGCUCCUGUCGGAGAUGGCCACCAUGGAAGGGAUUUCUACAAAUAUUUCUUUGAAACCCACCCUGAACAUCGUCACUUCUACAAGGGAGCUGAAAAUUACAGUGGUAAAGAUGUGUUGAAGAGCGAGAGAUUUGACAAGCUGGGAGAUGCCAUACUGCUUUUCGUGCACGUUCUAGCCAACACCUAUGAAAAUGAAUCCGUUUUUCGCGCUUUUGUCCAUAGAGUGAUGAUUGAGCACUUCACGAGAAACAUUGAUCCUAAACUCUGGAAGCCUUUUUGGGAGUUCUGGACCGGUUACUUGAACAGCAAGGGAGCAAAUCUUUCUGCUGAACAGCAGACAGCGUGGGAUAUUCUGGGCACGAGAUUCAACGAGGAAGCCCAAUCAUAUCUGGCCAAAGUUGGACGCGACCACGCUUAG